UUGGCACUAUACAAAUAAAAUUUGAUUUGAUUUGAUUUGAUUUGAUAGUAGUCACGAAGUAGCUGUCUAUUCAAAAUCUUAACCUGAUAGUCAUACCAAUAUAUUAAAAAUCCAAGCGACCAAUUUCGGCAAAUUGUUAACAGCCAAUUAAAAUCACAGCCGUUGUCAAAUUUGUGCCAAGAUGUUAGUUUUUACUUUUAUAGAUCCUACGCCUCCGAACUGUAGCUGGGAGACCUCUGGUGUUUAUGCUAAGGCCUGGUUCGUAGCUAGCUAAUGCUUGUAUUAUGCCAUUUUAUUAAGUUCUGACACUUUUCAUGUGACAAAGUAACCACUUAGAUUGAAUAUGUGGUCGACACCAGGAACUUUACUUAUAUAAAAUUUUUUUAGCAACUAUGUUAAAUGUUGGGAGCAGAAACAAAGCAAACAACCUUCAUCAUGGUGAAUUAUGAUGUGACAGUCCCUUAGUACUCGUUACAGGCGUCUAGAAGAAUUCCUGAGUUCGCUAGUAUAACUCCCAUCAUGCACCUGGAGCACAGGCCAGUGAGGUGGUAAGGAGGAAUGUAGGUGUGAGUGUGUACUGUGGCAUCUGUCUACUUGUACAUGUGUAAUGCCUGUAUACUGCUUAUCUAUACAUUUGUCUGUGUGUUUUCUGACUUUAGGUGGUAUCAAUGAUAGAUGGGAUAAAUAUGGUUGAUUUUUUUUUUUUACUGCAAACUCAGGAUCUAGACCAGGAUGGCCUAUCAGAACUGCUGUCUCCUCCAUUACCUCACACACAGCACUAAUCAGUGUCAUCAGUUUCACCUGGAGGCUAUUGAUCUGCCCGGGUUAUGGGGAAGUUGACUACACUGAAGAUGAAAUACGCCUGGUUGUGUCUGCACUGCCUUGGAUGAAAGAAGAAGGAGAAGGUGUGCCAAACGUCUGUGUUCUCCAUCAGACCUGUUUUUUUUUUUGUUUUAACCUAAGAAUAAACCCUAAUCUUGAGGCAUCUUUCAGAGUGCCAAGUCCUUUAUUUUGUUUGUGUCCUAUAGAAAUCCAUUAAAUGUCUCCAUAUUUGACGUUUAUGCCAGGUGUCAUUCUAUCAGUUCUUUGUAUUAAUUUCUGAAAAUUUUAAUCUUUUAUCAUAUCUUAUUAUGGCCAAUUCAUUUUUUGAUGGCAGCAAGAGAGUAACUGAAAAACUGCAAAACGUGAUUUCUGUAACCUAAUGUAUAUUUGUAUUGGACUUGUAAAAAUAUUUCUGUGGAACUAGAUGAUAACUAGAUUGUGGUUAGAUUGUUUAUGAGCAGCAGCAGCUGUGUUGGUGACGACAAUCCGUUUUGUUGGUCCUUUUUGUGUCUUGCCGCCGCUGGUAUAGUUUGUACUGUGGCGCCCUCUAGUGGAUGGUCAGGCACACAGCCACGUGCCUGUGCUCACCAGCUCUUCUCUGGUUGGUUGACUGAGCUUCCCGUUUUAUAACACUGACCCCGUGCGUGUUACCAAACACAGACUUCUCAGUCAACACCAGAGGACUUUUAGUUGGAAGAGACAAUUAAGGGUCACCAACAUGGCACAUACGUGUGUUCACUGGUUCCGCAAGGGACUCAGGCUGCAUGACAACCCAGCGCUGAUGGCUGCUCUGAGGGACUGUAAGGAGCUGUACCCCGUCUUCAUCGUGGACCCGUACCUCCAUAACAACACCUGUGUGGGCAUCAACCGCUGGAGGUUCCUCGUUGGAGCCCUGAAAGAUCUCGACUGCAGCCUCAAGAAACUCAACUCCAGGCUGUUUGUUGUGAGGGGCAAACCAGAGGAUGUGCUCCCCAGGCUGUUCAACAAGUGGAAAGUAACACAGCUGACCUAUGAGUACGACACGGAGCCCUACAGCCUGAGCCGGGACAGAACAGUGGCUGCACUGGCCAAGGAGCGUGGAGUCAAAGUCAUCUGCAAAAUCUCACAUACUAUAUAUGAUAUAGACAGGAUAAUUGAGGAAAACAAUGGGAAGGCUCCCCUUACUUAUAAUCAUAUGCAGGCAAUAGUGAAGGCUCAGAGCCCCCCUAGGAGGCCGAUCCCUGCUCCAACCAUGGAGGAUAUGAAAGAUGUGAAGACCCCUUGUUCUGAAAACCAUGAAAUGAAAUAUGGGAUCCCCACACUGGAGGAGCUCGGCCAUGGCACGGCAGCUCUUGCAGAGGAGCUGUUCCCUGGGGGAGAACAGGAGGCUCUGAGGAGACUAGAAGAAUAUAUGAAACGAACGGAAUGGGUGUGUUCCUUUGAGAAGCCCCAGACAUCUCCAAACUCCCUGAGCCCCAGCACCACUGUUCUCAGUCCAUAUGUCACGUUUGGCUGCCUGUCUGCAUGCACCUUCUGGUGGAGGCUGACAGAGGUUUACCAGGGGAAGAAGCAUUCAAAGCCUCCAGUUUCCCUGCAUGGCCAGUUACUAUGGAGAGAGUUCUUCUACACGGCCAGUGUAGGUAUCCCAAACUUUAACAAGAUGGAGGGCAACCCUGUGUGUACUCAAGUGGAUUGGGACACCAACUCCGAAUAUCUGGCCGCCUGGAGAGAGGCUCGGACUGGUUUCCCCUUCAUCGAUGCCAUCAUGACUCAGCUGCGACAGGAGGGCUGGAUCCACCACCUGGCCAGACACGCUGUUGCCUGUUUUCUCACCAGGGGAGACCUGUGGAUCAGCUGGGAAGAAGGGCAGAAGGUGUUUGAGGAGUUUCUGUUGGAUCUUGACUGGGCUCUGAAUGCUGGGAACUGGCAGUGGCUCUCAGCGAGCACCUUCUUCCACCAGUUCUUCAGGGUCUACUCCCCGAUCGCCUUCGGCAAGAAGACAGACAAAAAUGGAGACUACAUCCGAAAGUACCUUCCUCUUCUGAAGAAGUUCCCAGCAAAGUUUAUCUAUGAGCCUUGGAAAGCUCCACGCAGUGUCCAGCAGGCAGCAGGAUGUAUUGUGGGUAAAGACUACCCAUCUCCUAUUGUACAGCAUGAGCUGGUCAGCAAAAAGAACAUCCAGAGGAUGAAGUUAGCUUAUGCCAAGAGAAACUCCACUGAAUCACAGACCAAAUCACCCAGAAAAUGGCACGGUGUAAAGCGCAAGGCUCCCUCUGUCAUCGACAUGCUCAAUAAGAAAGACAGAAAAAAUGUUGGUGCAAAUUAAUGUAAGGACCAAAAGUCCAGCAACACCCAAUUUUAUUGUUAGACCAGCACAUUUCUGAUUUCUAUUAUAUUUUGCUCAAUCUUUUUAAAUGUUUACAAUAUUUAGCUCCUGAUACUUUGGUUCUACAGUAUGCCACACUGAAUAGGCACCUUUUGGGUGAACCCCAGUUUCCUUAAUUGCAUCCAUGUUUCCCUCACUUGUCUUUUUCUUGCAUCUUUGUCCCACGCACGGAAAAGCUGUGAGGUGAGAGGAAUCGAGGAAGCACGAUGAAAAAGACAUGAAACGUUCUUUCCUGUGGUCUUUGAUCACUAGGAACACUUCCGAAUAUAAUGUAGGCCAGUACAACACCUACUUUAACUGUGAGCUCAAUAAUAAACUUGUAAUUGAAUUUAUACAUUUAUGACAGUUUCACCAAAAACUGAAACAUGUUGAGCUUCAUAAACCACUGUUAAGGUGGAAGUGUUGCAUUGAACUGUGUACUGGUGUACCUAAUAAAUUGGCCACUGAGUACGUUGGACUCAGAAUUGAGGAGGUUUAAGCUGCAAGUGUUGCUGGAGUUUUGACAGGUUGUUUUUCCUUCUCCAUGCAUCGUGGCAGUAGCAGUGCCAGAAAUUGUUCCUAUGGCACAAAGUAAUGCCUGUAGUUGUGUUUUGUGCAGCAUGAAACUGUUAAUACCAGUGCAAAUUAACUGAAUUUGUGGGUGAUCUGUUUGAGAGUGGUCUCACUUAUGUCGGCUGGCAGUUUACUAUUAUUAAUCAAAUCAAAUCAAAUCAAAUUUAUUUAUAUAGCAUUUUAAAACAACAUCCAGCUGACCAAAGUAUUUUA